AAGCAAACUUCCCGCGAUUUCGCUUCGAUAUGUGUAAUUCUAAUUUGUGUGCUCUUGGCUUGGGGGCAGCUUGAUAUCUCGGAGACAAAUAGGUAUAUCGAUGUGCGCAGAGGUUAAAACUACGAUGCCAGCCAGAGUGACUGAAGUGAAAUGCAAGCGAUGUCGCAAAGUUCUCUUCACAGAAGAAGCUACUCCGCUAUUAACAGCCCAUAGCGAAGUUCGAACUGGGCCGACACACUCCCGAUGUGGUUCUGGGGCACCGGAAUACUGUCUCUAUAUAUCAGAGGAGAGCGUGCCCGAAUGGAUAAAAGACGCCAUAGAUAAGGAAUUCUGGAUAAAAGGAAAGAUCCAUUGCCCUCACUGCCACAGUCGAUUGGGCUCAUUUGACUUUGUCAACCAGACAAAAUGUGACUGCGGGGACUGCCUGCCACCUCCGAUCAGAAUAAUUCAUUGCAAAGUGGAUAGAUUGUCGGACACUGGUUCCAAUCUGCCUUUUCUACCGUUACCCAGAAUUCCUUAUAACCCUCAUCCAAGGGAUAACAACGACGUGCAACUCAUUCAAUUAGUAGCAAGCAAUAGACGUGGACAUGUACUUGAUAUAGAAAAUUUGGCAGAGAAUAAUAUAGCUAAUAAUCAUCCCUAGACAUAAUCCUCAUUCGAGUAUAAUUCACAUACUGAAAAUUAUGACUUGGAAAUCGGUGAGUCAAAAUUCGUGCUGGUGCACUUGAUCAGCUGCUCUAUCACAAAUUACCCCGAUUUUUGUAAUUCCGUUUCAACACGAUUUGUAUAAAAGAAGACAAUGAAUAUCUGUUGUGAAAUGCUUUUGUAAUAUUGUUGUGUGCGUAUUGUGUUUUCAUGUCACCGA